AUGGACCUGGUGACAUUGUUUAUUGUCAAUCAGAUUGCUGCUAAGAAAGAAAUUAAAGAUCCUCCAAAAGUAGCAGUUCUUGGCAGCAGUAAAGGAGGAUCCCGGCAGAAGAGGACUGAGCCCCUGGUGCUCCCGAUGAGUCCCUGCUCUCCAUCACAGCUGAGUCUCAUUGAGGGUCAGCCUCCGUACAGUGUCCCAAAAAUGAGAGAAAGAAAACAUGUUAUUCCACAAGGCUUCAAGUGUCGGCAGUUGUCACCAGUGUUGGAGUCAGCUUUCUCAGACAACAGUGCAUCUGACUACCUGCCACUAAUAACCGACCCCCUGAGCCCCUUCUCCUCAUCAGCGUCCUCAGGCCAAGGAAUGUUUCCCCCGCAGCAAAGAAGUCCGACGCAGUUACCUCCGCACUGCUCCCCUCCACCCUGGGACACCUCAGGGCUGGAGCAAACCAAGUUUCAGCUUUUCUCCCAGCCCAGAGGUAUGAGCAACGGCGUCCCCUGGUCCUGUGGACCAAACCCAUCCCUCUACCAACUGGAGACGCCCACAGCGGCCCAGUCCCUGUUUAGAAGUUCGGAGCCAGCCAACACAGAUGCCAGGAACCAAACAAGACAUGAGGUCACCUUUUCUCUCAGCCAGCCGGCGGACAAGGAGCCCAUGCUGGACUUCACUCUGAACCAGUCAGAAACGGAGCAGCAGUUUGAGGAAGAUUACUUCAGGGGCUUCAGAAGUGAGCAGCGUGAAAGAGAGGGUGAAUAUUAA